CAGAUCAAGCUGGACCAGGUAGGCUGACAUACUGUCUUCUACUCAGCUGUAUUCAGGCUGAGUAUUGACUGUGCGAUAGCCACUUCAAUCCAAUGUCAGCAUUGAUCUCUUCCUCGGUGCUGAGGUGCUGUGCUCAGCGAGCGUUUAGCACGCGCAGCAGGACUCUGGACUCAUGCAGCAGGAGUUUGCUCCAGUGUGCCAGGUCGCUCCACGUGGACACUCCUCCUCGCACUCCCUCUCUGACCAGCAGUUAUGUCCACGGCGCCUCCUCCGUCUCUCUGCUCUCCCACACUGUGAGCCAGAGCCUGGACGCCACGGCUCAGCGCUGGCCUGACCGUGAAGCUGUGGUUUUCCUGCAGGACGGCGUCCGGAAAACCUUUGCACAGUUUCAGCAGGAUGUUGACAAGGCGGCUGCAGGCCUCCUCGCUCUGGGCCUGAAGCGAGGUGACCGACUGGGAGUCUGGGGACCCAACACAUAUGAAUGGAUCCUUUUCCAGUUCGCGUCCGCCAAGGCUGGAAUCAUAAUGGUGUCACUGAAUCCAGCCUAUCAGUUGAAGGAAGUGGAGUUUACUCUAAAGAAGGUCCAGUGCAAGGCGGUGGUCUGCCCGACUCACUUUAAAACCCAAAAGUUCUGUGAGAUGCUGAGGGAGAUCUGCCCAGAGACUGACCUGACAUCAGCCGGUUUAAUCAAAAGCUCCAGGCUGCCAGACUUGCGAAUGGUGAUUUUGACCGACAGCAGACAGCCGGGGAUGCUCCACGUAGACGAUGUGAUUCAAGCGGGAGAGAGUCGGCACCACAGAGAGCUGACGGAGCUACAGAGCAAGCUGUCCUUCGAUGACCCCAUCAACAUCCAGUUCACCUCGGGCACUACCGGAAGUCCCAAGGGAGCUGUUCUUUCCCAUCACAAUAUUGUAAACAAUGCCUACUUCAUGGGUCUGCGAAUGGGCUACGCAUCAAGACCUGGGGUGCGAAUCUGUGUGCCUGUGCCCUUGUACCACUGCUUCGGCUCUGUGCUCGGAGGGAUGUGCAUGGCAGUGCACGGCAUCACGCUUGUCUUCCCUGGGUCCGCCUACAUCGCCCAGGCCAAUUUAGAGGCCAUUCAGAGUGAAAGGUGCAAUUACAUCUAUGGCACUCCCACAAUGUUCAUCGACCUGCUCAGCCAACCAGACUUGUGCAAGUAUGACUUGUCAUCGCUUGAAGCUGGGUUCUUGGGAGGUGCUCCGUGCCCCCCGGAGAUUGUGAGAAAAGUGAAAAAAGACAUGAACAUGAAAAAUAUGAUUUUGGGCUACGGAACCACUGAGAACAGCCCAGUCACAUUUAUGAGUUUUCCACAAGACAGCGAUGAGCUGCAGGAAAAUACAUCCGGCUGUAUCAUGCACCACACUGAGGCAAAGGUGGUGGAUCCCAAUACAGGGGAGAUCGUCCCUCUGGGGGCAUCAGGAGAGAUAAUGAUCCGAGGCAGCUGUGUCAUGCAGGGCUACUGGGACGACCCUGAAAAAACCAGAGAGGCUAUCUCCCAAGAUCGCUGGUUCAGGACCGGUGACACAGCUAGCCUGACGAGUCUGGGAUACUGCCAAAUUGAGGGACGUAUUAAGGACAUGAUCAUCCGUGGAGGGGAGAACAUCUACCCUGCUGAGAUAGAGCAGCUCCUCUAUACACAUCCAAAAGUGCAGGAAGUGCAGGUGGUUGGAGUGAAAGAUGAGAGGCUGGGGGAGCAGGUGUGCGCCUGCAUCAGGCUGAAGGAAGGUCAGACCUGCAGCACAGAGGAGAUUAGAGCGUUCUGCAAAGGACAGAUUUCUCACUUCAAAAUCCCACAUUAUGUGAUCUGUGUAGACAGCUACCCCCUGACUGUCUCUGGAAAGAUCAAGAAGAACAUAUUAAAGCAGGAUAUGGAGAAGAAACUGGACCUUUAAUUUGUGGACUGAUGGAGAGUGAAGGAACCUGCUGAGAAAGACAGCAGUCUGCCAAUGGAGAAUCAUUCAUGUUUGACCACUCCAAGUGAUUUACAGUGCAGUUUAGUGCCAUUGACUCAUUCACACACAAAUGCAAACAGUGCGUCUAUGGGCAGCACUGUUUCUAUGAGGGGCAUUGGGGUUCGGGUUCUUGCCCAAGGACACUGCGGCAUGCAGAUUGGGAAGACUGGGAUCGAACCGCCAAACUUCUUACACUUGUACUCUUUAAAUGUUUAUGUAAUUAUUAAAGAAAAUUUCGAUUCUGA